CAUGUCAUUGCUGGAGAUCCUGAUAACUGUCAGGAAUUCCCAGUCAGGCUCUUGGCCCUUUGACAGGAAUUCCCCAAUUGAUGAAAUUGUUCACAUGGCCACUGAAAAUAUGGAGAAACAGUUUCCCGAGUCUGUUGUAAAACUCUCUGAAGAGGAGCAGAAGCGCAGGGAACGUGAAAGGCUGAGUCAUUUGGCAAAGACUAUUGGAGUGGAAGUGAACAAGAGAAUUACCAAAAAAUUACUACAAGAGAAGGAAAAGAUGCGGGAGGAAUUAUUGGCAGAGUUCAAGCAGUCCAACCUGAAUCCUGGCAAUGGGAAGCUUCUGGACACCCUCAGGGAUUAUCUCCAGGCCAAGGUUGCUGAAAGAAUAUCUGCUGAGCAAGAUUCUUUUGAAAGACGUCUGGAAGCUGAAAAGAAUGCCUGGAAGAAGAAGACCUGCGCAGUCUGGAAACUCAGACUUGGAGAGAUUGCUGCCAUCCUGAGCCAGAAACUGAAGCAACACAGAGCUGCUGCUGCUGCUCCUGGCUUCAAUAAUAAGAGUGACCCAGACGAGGUCACGGAUUCCGACGCCACGGCCGCCACCAUGAUGCACUGCAAGUCGCACAUUGAUGAAUCCACCAUCACUGCUGAUGGGCCCACUUCGCUUUCCAUCGAGUCCCCGACUGUCAAACAAUUUUUUGCUGAUGUCAAAUCCAUCUUGGGGGCCAUCCAGGUCCUGCAGAAGGCUGACGCAGAUGUGCUGAAGAAUUCGGGGUGA